AUGGAAGUGACUGUAGCAAGAACAUUACAGCUGCAUAGGUGCAGCAUGGAUACUUGUUUGAUCCAGACGAAGAGUGGAAGGAUGAAAUGCAAGAGACACACACCAUUUCAAGUCAGCCCAGUGGACUAUGUUCAAGAGAAUGGAGAAUGGGGAGUUACUCAACACAAUACUUCACUGAAUGCCUGGAAUCCUUCAGUAUCAAGGAUGAUGAGAUGCAAUCACAAUGUCAAGAUCAUCAUGAAUGGAGAAGAUACAAAAGAUGUCACCUUUUACAUUGCAAAUUACACAGCAAAGAAACAAGGAAAAAGUUACAACCUUAUGGGGCUGCUUCCCAGCAAGCUUCAAUACCAUUUUGAAGACACAGAACAAGCAGCUUCCCAAUGUGUCAUGUAUUUGAUGGGAUGGGGAGAUGUAUACCAAUCCCAUCACUAUGUUGCUCUUCAUUGCAGCUGCAUUGUAGCAGAGCUGUACUGA